UGAUCUGGUUACAGUCUCGUGAUGUCUCGGAUGAGUGAAUCGGGUGGCGAGAUGUUGUGUGCUCUUUGGUGACGUUCUCAUCAGCACAUGUCGACAGUUGCGAGGACGGGACGGGCAAGACGAAGUUGCAGACUGUUUGGUGGCUUGACGCAGUGACAACACCAGGAUGGAGAACCUGCUGGCGGCCAUGUUUGUCUGUCUGUGUGUCACCACAUCCGGGGUAGUUGGAGACAGACAGUUCUUUAUUGCUGCUGCGGAAGAGUACUGGGAUUAUAUGCCGCUAGGGGCCGACGUUGUCAACACCGAGGGACUGAAAGCCAGCAGUUCGAAGACAGGACAACAUGGAAACAGCCACGUGUUCAAGAAGGCGAUAUACCGAGAGUACACUGACGAAACAUUCACCACAGAGAAACCCAAGCCGGCGUGGUUGGGAUUUGUCGGACCGACGCUGUACGGGGAGGAGGACGAGUUCAUCAACGUCAUGUUCUUCAACAACGCCAGCAAGACGUUCUCCAUUCAUCCUCAUGGCGUCCUUUACAACAAAAUCAACGAAGGUGCGGCAUAUGCGGACGGUAGCCAUGACAACAACACAGACACGCCCCCUGAUGUCGUGGAACCCGGAUGUAACUAUACGUACACGUGGAAAGUGACGCACAACGCUAGCCCGGCAGAGGGAGACGCGGACUGUUUGACAUGGCUGUAUCACUCACAUGUGGACACCGUCAGAGACACCAACUCGGGAUUGGUGGGAUUUCUGCUGACCUGCAGACAAGGUGCCCUCAACAACACAGACCUCGCCCGCCACUACGCCUUGUACGUCACCACCGUGGACGAGUCCAAGAGCUGGUACGUCGACCACAACCUCGGACACUUCCCUCUCAACAUCAGCAGCAGAGAUGCGGACUUCAGAUGGACUUCCUCAAUCCAUGCCAUCAACGGCUACGUGUUCGGCAACCUCCCCGACAUCACAGCAUGUGUAGGGGAAACAGUCACGUGGCACAUGGCCGGCCUAGGAUCAGUCCAGGAUCUUCACUCGCUGUCCAUCAGCGGUCAUUCGUUUGAAUACUAUCACCACAGACAAAAUACAAUCAACCUGGACACGGCCCAGUUUUCAACAGCAACAACAACUGCUGUCUCCCCGGGGCGGUGGCGAAUUAGUUGUGAGGUGACCGAGCAUGCUGCGAACGGGAUGGUCGCCUUCUUCGACGUCCGGAAGUGUGAUCGUCUGCUCUAUCAGCCGACUUACCUCAGCAACCUACGCAGGCACUACAUUGCUGCGGAGGAAAUUAUCUGGGACUACGGACCAACAGGCAGAAACUUAUUUAAUGGCGACUCACUCACCGAACAAGGAAGUGAAUCUGAAAAGUAUUUCAAGCGAGACAACCACCACAUUGGCGGAGCCUACAAGAAGGCCGUCUUCAGAGCAUAUGACGACUUCAAGUUCCAGACCAAGAAAAUCCAAGAUGGCCGCCGAAAGCAUGACGGUUUUCUUGGUCCCGUGAUAAGAAUCGAGGUUGGAGAUUUGGUUCAAGUCACCUUCAAGAACAUGGCCAGUCGGCCGUACUCCCUGCAUGCCGAAGGCGUGAAGUUCAGGAAGAACAGCGAGGGGUCCGAGUACAAUGACGGCAGUGACGCAAUUGCCGACAACAGUGUGCCCCCUGGCGGGAUCAACACGUACUACUGGACAGUGCCGGAAGAGAUGGGACCGACUGACAGCGACCCACAAUGCCUAACCCGGAUAUACACAUCCGGUGUCAACCCAAUUAAGGACAUGUAUAGUGGCUUGAUCGGUCCACUGCUUGUAUGCAAACGAGGAACUCUUACUGGACGCAAUGAGCAGAUUAACGUGGAGAAGGAGUUUCACCUGUUGAUGUCUGUGAUAGACGAGAAUGAGUCGUGGUACCUGGAGGACAACAUGAAGCUGGCGGGGAUGGAUAUAAACUCCACACACACCAGCAGCUUCACAGAGUCCAACCUCAUGCACAGCAUCAACGGUCUGAUGUACGGGAACCUGGAGGGGCUGGACAUGUGCGCCGGUGACCGGGUCAGCUGGCACGUCUUUAGUGUCGGUACAACUGUUGAUAUCCACUCCAUGUAUUUUCAUGGCAACCCAUUCUCUCGGGUCCACACCCAUCGCAGCACCACCUUCCUCACCCCCGGGUCGAGGAGGACCCUGUAUAUGACGCCCAAAUGCGCAGGAGAGUGGGAACUGACCUGUCAGACUGACAACCACUUUUUGGCCGGCGAGAAGACGUUAUACAGGGUGUCGAGAUGCGCCUCCAGCAGCGUGCAGGUUGACGCCGGGAGGGGGAAGGAGCGCGUGUUCUACAUUCAGGCAGAGCAAGUGGACUGGGACUACGCCCCGACAGGUCGCGACGUCACAUACAACAAACCCCUUCCAUCAAAAUAUGAAUACAGACAAUACUUGAAGGUGCUCUACCGAGGCUACACUGACGCAUCCUUCAAGACGUUGAUCAACGGCACUGGGGAGGAAUACCUUGGCAUGCUGGGCCCCGUAAUACGAGUGGAAGUAGGGGACACGUUAAAAAUUGUCUUCAAAAAUAAGGCAGACCGACCCUUUUCCAUCCACCCACAAGGCCUGACCCACAACUCGGGUGGGGCGUCAGUCCCGGGUCGAUUACGGCCCGACCAGCCUGCCGUACUUCCAGGCCAGGUUCACACAUAUCUAUGGAAGGUUCGCAAUGCCUCUGGGCCAGGUAUAGCGGACCCCAACUGCAUAAACUACCCCUAUUAUUCCGACGUGAAUCCCCUGAGGGACGUAAAUACAGGGUUGGCUGGAGCGCUGGUGGUGUGUCGGCCGGGGACUCUGGGAAGUGAAGGGCGCAGGUUAGAUGUGGAGAAGGACUUUGCGAGUUACUUGACCAUUGUAGACGAAAGACAGAGUUGGCUGGUAGACAAGAACACCGAAAGAUGCCAAGGACGGCUUGGUGUCAUGGCCACCAAAUUGGGACGGUGUGCUCCGAGGUCAUUCUACGUAAUAAAUGGCUACAUUUUCGGGAACCAACCACUGCCCACAAUGCCCCAAUGGUCUGUAGUUGACUGGUACCUGAUGACGCUGGGAGAUCAAAAUGACCUUCAUCCAGUUCAUUUCCAUGGCAACAACAUAUACUUGUAUGAUGGGAAAAUCCACACGAGUGACGUCAGUCAGCUGUUUCCGGGAGUGUUUUCGACAGUGCGCAUGUCUGCAAUAAACCCCGGCAAAUGGUUGUACCAUUGUCACGUGAACUACCAUCUAACAUCGGGUAUGGAAGGUAUGUAUGAAGUGAAACGGAGGAAGAUGCCCCCGGAUUGGGAUGAAGACGACAAACUCUAACGCACACUCCGUCGCAGUGGUGACUCAGCAUAACACCACUGCCACAGGCUAAUUUGCAUAUCACAUGACCGGACUUUUCUCUUGUUUGUAAACAAACGCGCUUUUUCAGAAAUCAGUAUAGAACGGACUAAUGCAAGUAUUUGGGGGC